AUGGCAACUCAGUUCUCUGACAGGCUUUGAUACGCGAAGUCACUUAACCGUUCGAACUGGUGUACGAAGGCGGAGUUCCUAUUCGACCGCGUCUAAUCGAGAUGUUAAAUUAAAAACAUAUUCGGUGCAGAUAUUUGGGUUUAAUAGUCUUCAAUUAGAUCGAGAGCGUCUCCCGGAGAACACUGCAUCGCUUUCGAGCGCGCCCCGAUCCGUUCAAAAUAGUGCCGCAGGUGGGAAAAGUGGCAUUCAGGGUGUUGCGUAUCGGCAGGGUGGGUCGGAGAAGCGCGAGGAUUCCAGAAGAGAAGAUAAGAGAGGGUCGCGAUUCGCGGGUCAGCAUGAGCGGACGGUAGCAAGCGCGCAGGCGCGGAUCGAUCCCGCGGCAUCGAACGGCGCGGCGCCCACUCGGCACUCGGCCUCGCUCGACGACCAGUCGCGCGCGGGCUGACGUGCGAGCGCGCGCGUCUCUGCACGUGCAUGGCGCAUUCGCCUGGAUGCCUCGCGCCCUCGGGGAAUGGCUUCGUCCGAGGAAGAGGCGACAACCGCGCCAAGCCCUGAAGAUGACUGCCUCAGUGUCCGAAAAUGGUGGUGCUUCCUACUGUCGUCUAUCUUCACGUUCCUCGCGGGUUUGCUGGUGGUGUUGUUAUGGCGCGCGUGCGCGUUCGUCUGCUGCCGCCGGGAGCCGGAGCUGGCUCCGAACGACCCCAAGCAGAAGGAGCAGAAGGCGGCGCGCCAGGGCAAACAGGAGUUCGAGGGCACCUUCAUGACCGAGGCCAAGGAUUGGGCCGGCGAACUCAUCUCCGGUCAAACCACCACUGGACGUAUACUGGUAGUUUUGGUGUUCAUUCUGAGUAUAGCAUCGCUCAUCAUCUACUUCAUUGACGCGUCCAGUGAGGAGGUGGAGCGAUGUCAGAAAUGGAGUGACAAUAUUACUCAGCAAAUUGACCUUGCCUUUAACAUAUUUUUUAUGGUCUACUUUUUUAUACGAUUUAUAGCAGCUAGUGACAAACUAUGGUUCAUGCUCGAGAUGUAUUCAUUUGUAGAUUAUUUCACGAUACCCCCAUCAUUUGUAUCAAUAUACCUGGAUAGAACAUGGAUAGGGCUAAGGUUUCUCCGAGCUCUACGCUUAAUGACCGUGCCUGAUAUUCUGCAGUACCUCAAUAUAUUAAAAACAUCGAGCUCAAUUCGGUUGGCGCAAUUAGUUUCUAUAUUUAUAUCAGUGUGGCUUACCGCUGCCGGUAUUAUUCAUUUGUUGGAAAAUUCUGGUGAUCCGCUAGAAUUUGACAACGCGCAAUCGUUGUCUUAUUGGACUUGUGUCUACUUUCUUAUAGUCACAAUGUCCACAGUAGGUUACGGUGAUGUGUUUUGCCAUACAGUACUUGGCAGAACAUUUUUGGUUUUUUUUCUCCUCGUCGGCUUGGCGAUAUUUGCCAGUUGUAUCCCAGAGAUAAUUGACUUAAUCGGCACUAGACCAAAGUAUGGCGGCACCCUCAAGAAUGAGCGGGGACGCAGGCAUAUUGUUGUAUGUGGACACAUAACGUAUGAAUCAGUGAGCCAUUUUUUAAAGGACUUUCUACACGAGGACCGAGAAGAUGUGGAUGUUGAGGUUGUUUUUUUACACAGGAAACCGCCCGACCUGGAGCUCGAAGGCCUGUUCAAGAGACACUUUACCACUGUGGAAUUCUUUCAAGGCACCAUUAUGAAUCCAAUCGAUCUGCAAAGGGUAAAAGUUCAUGAAGCCGACGCUUGUCUGGUGUUAGCUAACAAAUACUGCCAAGAUCCUGAUGCUGAAGAUGCUGCUAAUAUAAUGAGAGUCAUCUCUAUCAAGAAUUACUCGGAUGAUAUCAGGGUUAUUAUUCAAUUGAUGCAGUAUCAUAAUAAGGCUUACCUCUUAAACAUUCCAUCCUGGGACUGGAAGCAAGGAGACGACGUGAUAUGUUUAGCGGAACUGAAGCUGGGUUUCAUCGCGCAGAGUUGCCUCGCCCCUGGCUUCUCCACGAUGAUGGCUAAUCUCUUCGCUAUGAGAAGUUUCAAAACGUCGCCAGACACGCAGGCUUGGCAGAACGAUUACCUACAAGGGACUGGCUGUGAGAUGUAUACGGAAAGUUUGUCCACAUCCUUCACAGGGAUGACCUUUGCUCAAGCAAGCGAGUUGUGUUUCACGAAGCUCAAAUUACUGCUCUUGGCGAUCGAGAUUAAGGGCGAGGAAGGGGCGGACAGUAAGAUCUCCAUAAAUCCAAGAAAUGCGAAGAUACACGCUAAUACGCAAGGCUUUUUCAUAGCGCAGUCUGCUGAUGAGGUUAAAAGGGCCUGGUAUUACUGCAAAGCAUGUCAUGAGGAUAUAAAGGAUGAGACACUGAUCAAAAAGUGCAAAUGCAAAAACUAUGUCGGAAUGAUGAUGAUGCAGAGUGGGAUGGUGAAACAAAGUCUUAAUACGUAUCGAAGUGUUCCUGAUGAUGACCACCAUCCUCCCCCCACCUUCACGCCGCCAGAGUUGCCCAAGAAGGUCCAUCUUCGAGGCAGUGAAGUAGCUCGUGAUCGAGGGGAAGACAUAAGUUUGAUCAAUAGAAACCAUCGCAACGCCGCGCCGACGACGCUCCUCUCGCCAAUGGCCAACCAACUUAUGAACUCGACAACAACUAGACAAGUGAAUAAGGUGAAGCCAAACGUAACGAGAGCGCCGCCUGAGACGAAUCAGCAAGAGCAAGAUACGAAUUACCAAGCCUAUCACCUAGCCUACGAAGUGAAAAAACUCAUGCCAACGAGUCGGAGUAGUGGUGGUAAUCAAAAUAGCAAUGGUGUCAGUUUGCCAGCUGGUCUGGCGGACGACCAGUCGAAAGACUUCGAUUUUGAAAAGACUGAAAUGAAAUAUGACUCUACAGGAAUGUUCCAUUGGAGUCCCGCCCGCAAUCUAGAAGAUUGUAUCCUAGAUAGAAAUCAAGCGGCAAUGACCGUACUGAACGGUCACGUUGUAGUGUGUUUAUUUGCGGAUCCGGAUUCGCCGCUAAUCGGUUUGAGGAAUCUAGUGAUGCCCCUCAGAGCGUCAAAUUUCCACUAUCACGAGCUGAAACACGUCGUAAUCGUGGGCAGCGUCGACUAUAUUCGCAGGGAAUGGAAGAUGUUGCAGAAUCUACCGAAGAUAUCUGUUUUGAAUGGUUCACCGCUAAGCCGAGCCGACUUGCGUGCAGUGAACGUGAACCUGUGCGACAUGUGCUGCAUACUGUCAGCGAAGGUGCCAUCGAACGAUGACCCGACGCUGGCGGACAAGGAAGCUAUCCUGGCUUCGCUGAACAUCAAGGCUAUGACGUUCGACGACACGAUCGGCGUGCUGAGCGCCGGCGCGACCAACGGGGCCGCCGCGCCCGCGCCGCCCGGCGCCUCGCCCGCGCCCGUGCUGCUGCAGCGCCGCGGCUCCGUCUACGGCGCCAACGUGCCCAUGAUCACUGAACUGGUGAACGACAGCAACGUGCAGUUCCUGGACCAGGACGACGACGACGACCCGGACACCGAGCUGUAUCUCACGCAGCCGUUCGCAUGCGGCACCGCCUUCGCUGUCAGCGUGCUCGACUCGCUCAUGUCCACUACCUACUUCAACCAGAACGCACUAACUCUAAUCAGAUCGCUCAUAACGGGUGGGGCGACGCCGGAACUGGAACUGAUCCUGGCUGAGGGCGCCGGCCUCCGCGGUGGUUACUCUACGCCUGAGAGCUUAGCGAAUAGGGACAGAUGCCGCGUCGGGCAGAUAUCGCUGUACGACGGGCCGCUGGCGCAGUUCGGCGAGGCGGGCAAGUACGGCGACCUGUUCGUGGCGGCGCUGCGCACGUACGGCAUGCUCUGCAUCGGCCUGUACCGCUUCCGCGACACGUCCUCCACGUGCGACGCGUCCAGCAAGCGGUACGUCAUCACCAACCCGCCGGACGACUUCUCGCUGCUGCCCACGGAUCAGGUGUUCGUGCUGAUGCAGUUCGACCCGGGCGUGGAGUACCGCGCGAGCCGGCGCGCGGCGGCGGGCGCGGCCAAGGACGACGCCUCCUGACUAUUGCUGUGCAGCGCCCUGACCGACGGCCCCUACUCCUACAUCUAGGCCGGUGGCCGGGGGCCGGCGACACUCCGACAAUCCCUUGUGCGGCCUUGCUUAUACUCGGUUGUUUUGGUUGUGUUCCCUCACGAUUUUUGUUCGUUUUGUGUAUAUAGUGGCGUUCCUCCCUGCAAUAAAAUAAUUUAUUAUUGUUUAUGUUAUGUUCUAGGUGCCUGUUCUUUUUGAUGUAUAUUUUUAUCGACCUUUACUGUUCUUUUAGUGCUUUCUUUUCGGUAUUUUGUUGUUUCCUGAAUAAGUUAUCUUGCGUUUAUCUUUUAUCUUUCAACUAUCGAUCGACCGGUCAGUUUUUUGGGACUAAUAGUGUUAUGUCACAAUUUCAGCCCGAUAAUCGAAAUAAAAUACUAAAUAUAUCCAUUUUCCUUACGGAUAAUUGAAUUUUGAAACCGUUCUGUGAGAUAAGACGCAGAAUUUAAGUAUCCUUAAGCGUAAUAUGACGAAACAGAUCUCCACGUGCUAUCUUUUUACGUUCGGCCAACUUUGUGACAUAUUAUUUAUUAUUCGGUGACUACACUAUGGGAUAAAUAAAUACUGGCUGCACAUACCCAAAUCGAUUGAAUAUUUAUCCUUCACUACCCGGACAGUGUACACACUUUCGGUUUCUUUUUCAUUUUAAGGCACUUUUUCUUACCCACACUUGCUUUAUCUAUACUUUAGUAUAUGAACACUGCAAUUAAUUGAUAACAACGGAUUGGACAAUUGUACACAUCAUUCAAAUCGCGUAUAGUUAGAGAAGCUUUCGAUGUCGUAAAUCUUAGGUAUGUUAGUAUGUUACAAGUAUAGACCGUGCAUAUUUUAUGGUACUUUGAAUUAUAUGUACAUUUGUUCAAGCUUGAUACUAUUUACCGAUGAGGGAACAUAUUUAUAUGAACCGGCAAAGGAUACGAACCUUUUAAACUUUUAAUUGCAAGACCCAAUUAAGAAGACAUAAUAUAAGGUACUGCAUAUAAUAAACAUAAUAUAUUAUCUAGUACGUCCAUUCCUUAUUCUCUAGAAUAUAACGUGCUAAUCAUGUAAGUUUUCUUAAAUAUGUAUAAGCAUUUAUACUCAUCGACUGAUUGAUUGAAGUUAAUCAUGCAUAGUUCAUAUUUAAUUGUGAUUUAAGACAAUCGUUAUUAGUUUUUUAUAAUUGAAUUCGAAUUUUAUUAAAUUAGAUUAAGGCUUGUUCACAUCUCGAUCUUAUGCACACGAAUGUAGUUUGCAUACGAUUUAUUUGCUCAUGAGUAUUUAGUAUGAUAUACAUUAGAACAUUCUUUAGGGUUAUCUGUAAUCGUUUUAUCUGUAUUCUACUCUCGGCUUAUUAUAUGCACAUGUAUUUAAUUUUGCGUUAUAGUACAUUAUUAGCGUUCACCUUUAUUUUUUAAUAAAUAUUUUGAUAUUUUUGUUUUUCUUUUAUUUUGUUUUUUGAUUUUUGUUUUAACAUCCUAAUCGGGCGGGGAUUGUCAAAGUGGACGUGAAAAAUGGCGCUGCACAUAAAAGAAAAAUGAACUGAACCAUUGUGAGUUAUGUCAAUGGGUGUUGCGAAAUGCUGAAUGCAAGUGUAAAAUGAUGCAAACGGUGUGAUAUUAUUUUCGAAUCGUCGUUGUUAUAAUUAGGGCUUCAGAAGCCUGCGGUGUAUUUUAGUGUUUAACUCCGGGUGCUUUGACGAUUGUGGACUUCUUUCAUAGACAAUUGAAUGUAUUAGAUAUAUUAAGUGACACUAAUUAAUUGUGCGUUGGGGUAAGUUGCACGGUGCCGUUACAUAAUCAAUAGAUAUAUAAUGAUAUCGAACAAUUUAUACAUUUUGCAGAAUGUAAUUUCCAUACCUCAUAUCACUAUAAUUCAAUUACCUACCUACGAAAUAUUAUUUUACCGUCUUACAGACGCAAAACAUCGAAACACGACAUAAGAGAGAAAACAGCGCCUUAUCCUAACGCGUCUAACAAUUAAUUAGUAUUACUUCGCUUAGACAUUAUUAGAUUAUUGACACAUUUUCCACAUCUUUAGUAACUCAUCAUAAAGUUAAACAUCGACAUAAGUACCUUGUGCAUUAUGAAACCGUUUUCCUAGUGCAGGAUAUUUGACAAAUUUUUAGAAACAUUUAUUCCGAAAUUGUUCAAAUUGUGCUUAAACACAUAAUCACAUUAUAUAAAUAAGUGCGCUUGAAAGUUGUAAUGGUUAGAGGUCGAGGUUUGUCAAUUAUCCUGUAGAAUGCAUCGUGUAGAUAUAUAAUGCGAUAAAUUGUUUUAGAGUUCUUUAUUUUAAACGAUCACAUAGUUUUAAAUAAAGCUCAUACCUAUGACACCAAUUCACCGUGUUCUUACUUACAGUGACAUAAUUAGUAUAGAUAAAAACCGGCCCUAAUUAGGUAAUUGCGUAUAUUUUAUUUCACGUGUGUGUGUCUGUGUGUGUGCGUGUAGUGUGCGACGGUCCAGGAGUAAUAAAUGCAUUAGAUUUUAAAGGAAUUGAAUGAAAUACUGCCAUAUUUUUGUAACGCCGUGACACUCGGUCCAUACAUGUCAAAAUACCCUAAGGAUAUAAAGUACAAAGUCUCUGAGGCUCAUUCUUUGUGGAGAUGGGAAAAAUGAAAAAUGCUUCUAAUGGUAGAUACCUCUACGUUGUAUCGCAAUGGCGGUUAUAUUUAAAUGUUGCGAUGUUCAAAAAUUGUAUCUCGAAUCUCGCCUAACGGUAUGUUGUUCUUUUUUUAUUCGUUUUAAACGAAUGUAUAAAUAAGUACCCACACUCGCGUUAAAAGCUUACAAGGAAAUUCUAUUUAAUAUGUCGUCAAAUCACUAAUCACGGAACACGCGAAUUAAUAUAAGUAUAUACUAAGUAAGAGAUGGAAAUAUGUAUAAAAUGAGAUGGUUGUGCACGAUAGAUAUUAUAAAUUCAAAUUAUUGCCCUUAUCGAAAGUUUACGUUAAUGUUUUAAUGAGAUUUAAACAAAUUGACCAAACAAUAUAUUUAGGUUACAGGCGAGCGGACACUAGUCUGAAAUCGAUAUUGUAUCAGGGAAUGCGUUAUUUCUGUUGGUUCGAAUAGGUAGAAACCAUUGCAUGCCACAGGAAGCCCAUAGCCGCCAAACUAGGUAUAGGUGUAUACGUAAAAACUUAAAUCACCGAUCUAUAUUGUAAUUAAUUUAGUGUGUUGUACAUAGUCAGACGUAAUUUUGUAUUUAAGAAUUUUUUCCACAUCUCCUUCGCAUUAAAAUAGUUACUUACGGCUGCUUUAAAGUUAAUAUUUGAGAAUACUGUCGUGUGUAGUUUGUUGUGAACUAGGCUUAUAGUUAACCAUAUGCUAGUAAGAAUAGAGUUCGGACGUCUCAAUGUAAAAAUGUAAAAUACACGCUAAAUAGAUAUUUUGGAUUAAUUACGUGUUAUAAACUAAGAUUAUUAUAAAUGACGAUUUUUCUUUAAUAUUUUUAUACAGCAUUACAGAUAUAUAUCGCAAUUAAAAGUUUAUAGAGGUGGAUCGGUGUGCAAUUUAAAAUAGUAUCUAAAUUUGUAUAAUCGCCUUAUCGAGAGAGAAUAUAGCCCAAUGUCCUGCGUGUUUGCUUGAGAUUGUCGUAUGUCAUUUUUAACGAUGUGUGACUCGUGAGUCGUAUGAACUCGUGUUGCUAGGUGUAAAUUGUAUCACUAUUUAUCAUUAACUUCAACUAUGGAUCCAGUUUGGUAAGACUAUCCAUACUAUACCACCAUCAACCAUCCGUAGUACCUUUUCUCUAACUAUAAAUUAUGUAAAAAGUUCUUAACUGUCCUAAUGUAUACGGUACACGACGUUUAACAAAUUGGAUCUAAUAUAUUAUAGCCUUUGUUAUUGUAAACCAAGUUUCUUCUCUUGACUUUCAAUAAUUCUGUGCCAAUCGGAAUAACACUCUAUAUUCAUUCGUCACAAUUUUCUGUGCACACGCACAAAAAUUUAUUAGAUAAUAUAAUACCAUUAAAUAUCACGGGUAAUGUUCGAUUUAGUUUUGAGAUUGGUACAUUAGUUCCUGUAUUAAUCAUUACUGCUAAUCAACGAUAUUCAAGAAAGUUAACGACGUCUAAUUCGAUAUCAAUCACAUAAUGCCUAUUUAUAAGUAGGUAGUUUCAUGUUCAGUGUGCAUUAAAAUCCUAGAAUUAACAUCAUUGUUGACUAUUGCUAAUAGCUUGAGGUUGUUAACGUUUUUAGAACAGAUUGAAUUUUUUAUGUACUAUAUAUACGUAUAUGAAAUCUUAAACGCUCUACGAAUAUUCGCUAGACCAUUUUUGUAAGCUGAUGCCAUCUAUUCUAAUGUUACACGCAUAGUCUUCUCUUAAUUAACGUAGUAUCAAUAUAUAAUGAUGGCUGUGAGGUAAAUAAAAUUAUAACAUUUUAUUAUAUUAUAUAUAAAUUAAAAUAGUAUAAUAUCACAAUUACUCAACGGCAAUGACGGUCAGACGCUGCCCUUUUCGUUCUUAAUUGGCACUGGUGUAUGGCAUACGCGUCCAUACGGAAUCUAGACUGCCCAAACGUUAAAUGGUCUAACCCUAAGCUUAAAUUUAACCUCUUAUGAAUUCUAGAUAUUAAGAGUUAUAGAUAUUUAAAAUCAUUCUAUUAUACACUAACGCUUGAUCAUUAAAAAUAAUACCAGUGCCAAAACUCAACCUUCGUGUGGCCACACAAAAGCUUACUAAUUAAAAUUUGUGUCAUGUAUUAUCUUGAUAAACCCUAAUAUUUUAAAGCUUUUCGUGAAGCUUCUCAUUAUUACAAUUUCCUACUUUACAGUCUAGUUAAAGACUUUACAGUCUAGUCUGUUUAAAGAUUUUGAAGUGCUCUUUUCCAAUUUCAAUUUUGCCGAACUAUUUUCCGGAUGAAUUUACUGGAAAUUAAUUGGAAUAUGAAUUUUUACAUAUAUCCAAGUUUAAAAGAAAGAAUUUUUCUAACCGAGUCUCUAAGGAUACCUACUUCAUGCAAUUUACACAAUAUACCUAGUGUCCCUAUUUUGAAUUUUCACGAAUGUUUAUCUUUUUUAACGUAUGAAGCUGUAGUGGCCACUAUGUAAGAUUGAACAGGCGCAGUACCUC